AUGCCCAAGCCCCCGGCUCGUCCAGGGAGGGCCAUGAGGAGCGUCUCCCGGAGCGUCGACGCCGAAGAGCCUUCCAUGAUGGAGCCGCCACCGACACCACCGCACCUGCGCAGGCCGUCGGCCGACGUCCAUCGGCGGCCCUCGCGGAGGGAUCCGUCUCCUCGACAAAUUCCCCGAGAGGCGCGGGAGCAUUGCAGGUACGCCGAGGACCCAUCCGCGAGCGGCGUAGCCUCGGACGAGGAGGAGGGAGAUUUCAUCGAGGUCAUCGAGGAGCUCGACGAACCUCGGACCCCUCGAGCCCGUCGACAGCCUGGCGGCGACGACUACCCGGGGCCGCAGUCGAGGAGACGACACCGUAGCCAAAGGGGGACAGAGCUUCCCUCGGACGACGACGAUUCCCUUCCCCGCCGGUCCCGCCGACAAGGCACCACGGACCGCUCCACGGCACGCGACUCGGCAGAUAAGAGCGGCUCCUCUCGCCAUGGCCGUCGCCGGAAGCCGGAUGGGACGGGGGACUCGAGGCCACCAGUCUCCGGUGGGAGGUUGAUGACGACGCCGAGACAUGCGCCCGCCGACAACAUGCAGCAGCACGACCAUCUCCCUCAAAGGCGCGGCACCGUUCGGUCCAGCUGUAGCAGAGCCGGCUCCGUCUCGACCGCCGGCCAGACCGGCCGCGCCCCCCCCGACCGGCUGGCGUCUUCGGAGAAGCGUGCCAAGGAGCGCAAGCCGGCAAGACGAGUCGAGUGUGCCACCUGCGUCGGGGACGUUUCCGCCUCCCACGCGGAAAUAUUAGCCUGCGGCCACGCCAUGUGCCACGCGUGCCUGGAGCACAUCUUCAGGCGAUCCGUUGCCGACCCGCAGCACAUGCCGCCCAGGUGCUGCACGAUGGACCCCAUACCGCUGCAGCUCGUCGAUGGCCUAUUUGACGAGCGGUGGAUGAGGAGGUGGAAGCGCAAGUUUGCCGAGCACUCGACCCAGAAUCGUCUGCGCUGCCCUUCGAGGACGUGCCGGCAGUGGUUCGAGCCCACCAACAUUGGCAAGGGGAACGACCGCUGGGUGACACGCUGCAGCCACUGCGGUACCAAGGUCUGCGUCCUCUGCAGCGGCUGGUGGCACGGCUCGGAGGAGUGCCCGGUAUGGGAGGAGACAGCCCGGGUCCUCGCGCGGACGGACGAAGACUGCCGGGAGCGCUGCUAUCGCUGCAAGGCCAUGGUCGAGCUCCAGGAGGACGGUGACUACGUGACUUGCCGAUGCGGUGCCGAGCUCUGCGGCAUAUGCGGUGCCAAGUGGACGAGCUGCGAUUGCCGUCGCAGCCCGUCGUUCGACGAUGGGGGUUACGCGAGCGACUCGUUGGGGCGGAGCAACGUACCACGGCCGACAGUGCGCCGAGGUGGCGGCGACGCGUACGAGAGUGAGAUUUCGGCGACGGUGCGACGAGGCCACGACCCCGUGACCAUGGCUGUGCGACGGCGGCCGCGAUGGGACGCCAAGCCUGGUCGCCGUGCGCGGUACUCGGAUGACCACGACGACGAGCACGACGUCAUGGAUGCCGCCGGGGACAUGGGUGGCAUGGGGAGCGCCUCGUCGCACGGCAUCCGUGGCGAGUACAGGCGCCCGUCGGCGCGAGAGAUGGGCGCGAGCUUCGCAGCCGACGUGGGCCGCGAUCGGGGCCGCGACCGGGGCCGCGACGACUCGUUGGAGCGCCGACUGGCGUAUCGCCUGUCGGAGACGCGCGCCGGAGCUGGCCUGCGGCAGAUGGCGGGCCCGAUGUCACCGCCCAUGUCGCCGCCGAUCCGACCUCCGCCGACGGGGCCGACGCGAAAGGGCCGACGGCCGAGGCAGCACAGCCUCGAGGAGGAACUGUACAACAGUCCAUCAUACGCGACGCGUCUGGAGCGCAUCGUGACCGGUUGCGUGCCGCACAGCUACGACGACGAGGUGGAGAUACGACCACCCAGAGGGCCUCGGCCGUCGGACAUGGCGGGCCUGACACUACCGGGUGCCCAGGGCAUGAACCGGGUAUCGCAGUGGAGAUCCUUUGUCGAACCUGGCCUUCCGGAGAGGGAGCCCGUUGCGUGA